GAAAAUAUACAUUGUUAUCAUUCUUUUGUUUUGAUCACGGAAAGUAAAUCUCAUUUUUGUUUUCAUGGUGCAGCAGUGUUUCGGAGUUGUUGACAGAGUGCAGCUGAUGAUAUCGAUUGUUUGUAGACGAUCAUCAUCAAUCUGCAGUAGGGCAAAGUAAUAAAUUGUAUAAGCUUACAAAGUGACAAUGACAUCCAGUGAACGGAAGCAGCUAAAAUUCAUUCCUCCGAAAUCGUUCGUUCACCAUGACUUUUGGUAUAAAUUGGCGGAUAUCAAAUUACACAUUGAUAGGCUGACCGAUUCAGCCAAAAAUAUCAAUGCUUUUAUUAGCGAUUCUGAACGAUCGAAACUAUUGGUGGAAGUAGAUUGUACAUCGUUUAAUAGUCAACCGACCACUUCUUCAUCCCAUUUCAAUUGCCAUGGCGUAUUGCUGAACAAGAACACCAUUGAAGAAUUCAAAGCGACGGAUAAGAAUGAUCUCAUCAAACGUAUUAGUGAUGGCUAUAUACAUCAACUGUUCUCCAAGGAUAAGCUAGAUAACAGUUCGGAGAUAUUUUUCUUCAUACUCUUCUCGUAUGCGGAUUUCAAAGCACAUAAAUACUACUAUUGGUUUGCUUUCCCUGUGCUCCGUGAUGUUGUCUACAGCUGCCCGAAGGAGCAACAGAUGCUGUUGUCUCACUUUUCCGAAGAUCUGCUUGAUAAGUUUAAGAAUCAAAUGCAAACCUUCAAGCGGAUUGCCGCUGAACCAGUAUUUGUGUACGAUAAGUCGAACGGUGCAAUACUCAAGUUGUCUGAUCUAGUCAGCCACAGUCAUCGAGACGAAAACUUCAGUGAUAUUAACCUAGAUGAUGUGUACAUUUGCUGCGAGGACCGUUCCGUUGAUGAAAAUCUUUGCUGGUUGAUAAGGCAACUGCUCGGAUAUUUGGCGUUGACCUGCCCACAACUUUCAAAUAAAGAUACCAAAUUCAUUUGCUUACGAGAAACGCUGCAGUCGAGUGUGGUUCUGCAUAUUACUAUCCCCGAUACAGAAAACAGUAUUACGAGCAGCCCUUGGACUGGAUGGGAAGCAAACGAGAAUGGGAGGUUCGUCCCGCGAAUGGCAGACAUGUCCAAAGUUAUGGAUCCACAGAUUUUAGCGGAAAAAUCAAUCACUUUGAAUCUCACCUUGAUGAAAUGGAGAUUACUGCCAAAUUUAGAUUUAGACGUUAUAAGUCGAACUAAAUAUCUCCUGCUGGGAGCCGGUACAUUAGGCUGUGGAGUUGCUCGGUCAUUAUUGGCAUGGGGGGCACAGCACGUUUCAUUCGUCGAUUGUGGCUAUGUUUCACUCUCAAACCCGGUUCGCCAAAGCUUAUACUUCUACGAAGAUGCGUUACAUGGAGGAAAACCAAAGGCCGCAACAGCAGCUGCGAGAUUGAAACAGAUCAACCCUUGCGUGCAAUCUACAGGCUAUUGCGUAAAGAUUCCAAUGCCAGGACAUCCUGUUGGCGACUCUCAACUUGAAGAAACUAACGCAGCGCUGGAUCAAUUGGAGGAGCUUAUAAAAAAUCAUGAUGUGAUUUACCUAUUGACGGACUCGAGAGAAAGUCGUUGGCUUCCCACCAUGUUAGCCGCUUAUCAUAAAAAGAUGACGAUCAAUGCUGCUCUUGGAUUCGAUUCGUUCCUGGUCAUGCGACAUGGAACUCGAUCAGCUUCAGGUAACCCACAAAGUGUUGAAGUGGAAGGCUUCAAGGAAGUUCCGGGCUCUCGUUUAGGCUGCUACUUUUGCAAUGAUGUCGUUGCACCAGGAAACUCUCUGAAGGAUCGUACUCUGGAUCAACAGUGCACCGUUACGCGACCUGCAGUUGCCUGUAUUGCGUCUGCCCUUGCCGUUGAGCUAACCGUUUCGCUAUUGCAAAAUGAAGCUAGAGACGGAGCUUCAGCCUAUUACAAAAUAUCCAAUACUGCUGGCAAUGUGGAAGACAUUCCGGAGGGCAUUCUUGGAAGAAUUCCGCACUCGAUUAGAGGAAAUAUCAAUGCUUUCGAUUAUCUAAUCACUGCUACUGAACGAUUUUCGCAAUGCAUCGCUUGUUCAGAUCAAAUAUUGGAACAGUUCGACCGGGAAAAAAGAAAAUUUGUUAUAGACGCUUUGAAUUCGGCGAAAAUUUUGGAGGACAUUGCAGGUAUAUCGGACUUGACAUGCACUGUGGAUGAAAUGAUCGACUUCAGCGGUAGUGAUUGUGACUAAAUUACAUCAUUUAAAAAGGUUUAUUACUCGUGCAGCGUGCUUUUUAAAUUGAAAAUAUAUAAAUAUUAAUUUAAAGUUUUCUCUCAAACAA